AUGACCUGUCCUGCUGGUUCCUACCUGCACGGGGACAAGUGCCGCAAGUGCAAGCCCGGCACAUACAGCAUGGGGGGAGGAAUCCGGUUCGAUGCUUUCUAUGAGCUUGACGACCGGUUGUUCCAGGAAUGGUUGGGUAUGGUUGGGUGUGGUUGGGUAUGGUUGGGUAUGGUUGGGUGUGGUUGGGUGUGGUUGCGUGUGGUUGGGUAUGGUUGGUAUCGUUGGGUGUGGUUGGGUGUGGUUGGGUGUGGUUGCGUAUGGUUGGGUAUGGUAUGGUAUGGUAUGGUAUGGUAUGGUAUGGUAUGGUAUGGUAUGGUAUGGUAUGGUAUGGUAUGGUAUGGUAUGGUAUGGUAUGGUAUGGUAUGGUAUGGUAUGGCAGGCUGGCCCGGCAGUGCAAUGACCCAUGCUGACAAUGACGACAAGUGCAAGCCCGGUACGUACAACACGGGGGCAGGAAUCCGGUUCGACGCUUUCUAUGAGCUUGAUGACCGGCUGUUCCAGAGGGGUCUCUUCUUCUACGUGGAUGACCAGCUGGUGCUCAACAUGGAGGAGGUGAGUGGCAAGAGGGCCGCUAUCUGGCACAGCACAGCAACAUUCACGGUUCACCAGCUACCAACACUCUGA